AUGGACAUGUGUUGCGACAACUACCAUCUCGUAGACCUCCUGCUGCCUGCCCUCAAGGAAGAAGCAGCAGACCCCGUCAUUCUCGCUGCCAGUUGCAUCGGAGUGAGGGUAAUCCUCGAAAAUCCUCGACAGCGUAAUGAGCUUCUGCAAUACGUAACAGAAGAAAUGCAAGGAUUUGAGGGUCUGCUGCAGUACUUGGGGGGUACCCGAUACACCACAAUGUGUGACAGAGCGGAGUUAGCUCUGCGCAACGUAAACCAGCUUCCUUACGUUCCUGAAAGGGUUCCUUUGACGCGGCUGACAAAUAUUUAUGCCUGCCGAGUAUUGGCCUCCAUCUGCAGCUUUUUAGCUUACUACUUAGGAGAGGAGAACGACCUAGUCGUGCAGGGUGUUGCAGAGAGACUGUUUGCUGCACACCGAGAGAAGGCCAUUGUUGACGUACUGGAGGUCAAGAACGAGGAGGUCCUUGUUGCUGCAGUAGAGUGUCUAAACAGCAUGCCUCUUCGUUAUAUUACAAAGGAGACAGUAACUCUCCUUAUUAAACUUAUAUGCAGACUACCCUAUCCGCAUGCAGGCUUGACGUCUUCUGUGCUGCAGUCUGUUAUAAAGUUGUUAGGGCGCUUAGCUGCCUGGGAGUCUCCGCAAGUGCAUGCAGUGCUGUGGGGAGAGCAUGCACUUGAGUCUGUUGCUGCUGUCUUUGAUGUUAUAUACAAGAACUUAUCAACCCUAAGAGUACCAGCUAGAAAAGCAGUUAUUGAGAACAUGCAUGCACUCAACAAAGUUGGGGUACAUUUUCUUCUUACUGCCUCACGCGUGGAGUCCACCAGGGACGUCAUGCGACUGAAGCAAGUGGUGUCUCUGUUUGCUCCUGUAUUGGAGGCGGAGCAGCAGCUGCCUAUACACCCCGAUGGCUUCGACGUCGUGGUGGAGAGGACGUGGGGCUGGCCUGACCUCCCCGAUGCUGGGAAAGAACUCAGCCUCAGGGAUUUCGUCCGGCUCUGCGUCGCUGAGAGGUUGUCUCUUUUGUUGGCCCCGCUGUGCAACCACAGUACAACCCAACGAUAUUCGAGACAACGAGCAUUGAAACAACACGCGGAGUACUGGGCUGGACGUCUUAAGGCGGACAUCGAGGACACAGAGGAGGAGAUAGCAAGGGCAAGUCUUGCGGAAGCAGAGGCAGCAGCAGAGGAGGAAGAGGAGCAGUAUGUGUUGCAGCAGCCGCAGCAGCGGAGCGAACUGGCUAGAGCAAUUAAACAGCAGAAGCCUAGGAGCUGGAAGGAGAGGCUGCAGAACAGAAAUAGACCCCAUGGAGACCACGCAACAGGUAGCAACAGGAUGGGGCACACCUGGCCCUCGUUGGGGGAGGUUUGGAAGGGAAGGAGGAAAAAACCACCAGAUCCAUUAGAGGCACUACAAGACAACCCCAUCUAUGCUGACCUCUACGGCAAGUCCCAAGAAGGCCCAACGGGUCGCGAGCGUCUAAUGCAGGAGCUGAUGGCGACAGAUCUAGAGCCAGGUGCUGUCCAUACACCGCAGCGUUUGUUGCGUUCUCUUCUUCUGUGGGCAAAUUUCCAUGCCUCAGAACUCCAGCCGUGUUACAUUAUUGCAGCCACCUUGAGGCUGCUGUAUGCAGCAAUAGAAUAUCCGCAGAUAGCAGAAGCAAGAGAAGACACCGUAAAUGUCUGCAGACGUCUUGUCUAUCUUCGUUCCCUUACUGCCUUGGUGGAGGCAGUCCCGUUUUUGGCAGCAAACGUCGGGGCAAAGUUUUGCCGACUAAUGCAGAGAGUCCUCCGACUAGAGCCACAUCAGCCUGCGGAAUCGAUGGACCUUAUCCUCAACUAUGAUAUUGUUGCGGAGUAA